AUGAUACACAAACCAUGUGAGAAAACGUAUUGUGCCUGGGGUGCAGUUUGUGUUGUAUCUGAUAAUGGAAUAGCUACUUGCCAGUGUCCUUCAAACUGUCCAAAAACUCUUGAACAUGUGUGCGGUACUGAUGACGUUACAUAUUUAAAUCAAUGUCUUCUGCGACAGACUAGUUGCCGUGAUCGAAAGAACACGCGGAUUUUAGUCAGAUAA